UUACUGAUGUACAAGUGUGUGUGUAUGUGUGUAUGUGUGUGUGAGAGAGCUGAAAGUCCAGUGUGUGUCGAGCCGUCUGUAAUAUCAGGAUGAAUGUGUGUGCUCUCGUGCUGUGUGUGCUGCUGUCUGCCUCCAGCUGCUCAGCUGACAAAGCAGGAGUGACUCUUCAGCCCUGGUUGGUGGGUCUGACAGCUGUAGUCGGUUUCCUCUUCAUCGUCUUCACCAUCCUGAUCGCUCACAGACUCCUCAGGAAGGACAGGAACAGGGCGGAGCGAGAGGGCCGGGGUUAUCACAACGAGGCCGUCGACCUGGACGAAGAUGAGAACAAACUAACCAGCCUGUAGGAAACUGACGCACCCGUCAGCUGCUCCCCACUGCUUUGUGACAGCCGAUAAUAAUGGCUCCGUUGAUCUUUGGUUGCUUCUUUUAGAGAUGGAAACAAAUGGUUAUUAGCUUUUCAUUUUUAAAUACAGAAAUACAAUAAAACUUUUGUUGGUUUAAUUAUCA